UUUCAGAUAUAAUCUGUUCGAAAUGAAUACUCAAACAGGGACAGGAACCUCAGAAGUGUCGAAAAAACUAAAGGCCGCGAUUCGAGCCAAACUUGAAGAGCUCGGCGUCUACGUGGACGAUGAAUUACCCGAUUAUAUUAUGGUAAUGAUUGCGAAUAAGAAGGAAAAAGUGCAGAUGAAGGACGAUCUCAACUUAUUUAUCGGAAAAAGCACUGCGAAAUUCGUCGACUGGCUUUUUGAUCUGUUCGAUCGCCUACAAAACGCUUCGAACAAGCAAGGAGAGACUAGUAAAAAGGAGGAGGAUAAGAGAAAAGAGCUGGAAGCAACAGCAGCAGCAAAGGAGCAUGAAGAGAAACGAAGAAAAGAGAAGGAAGAGCAUGAGAAAGAACUGCAAAAAGAAAAAGAACGUGAGAAGGAGCGUCAACGAGAACGUGAUCGUGAAAAGCGGGCCGAAGAGGAGAAGCGUCGUGAGGAGAAGAGAAAAGAGAUUCAGAGAUCGAAACGCCGAAGAACUCGUAGUAGAUCAAACACAUAUUCAGACGAGGAGGAACAUGUUCGGGCUCGUGGUGAGAAGCAUGACAGACACCAUCACAAGGAUCAUCGACGAGGAAGAUCACAUGAACGGAAGAUUAUCACAUCUACAAUUGUUCGUCAGGCUUCUGCUAGUCCCGAUAAAAAACUUCAUUCGACAGUCACUGUUAAGCGGAAUAUUCGUCCGACUGGAGACCAAAAUAUCAAAGGACGCGGAACAAUGUUCCUCCGUGCAAUGAACGAGGCAAGCGUCAGUGCUGGCUAUGGAUCAUCAUCAAAAAGAUCAGAAACUCAUCAUGAGGAUGACAUGUCGGAUGUUGAAGCUCUGCCGAGUAAACCAGCAUCAACGAAAUCACCGAAAAAGAGCAUCCGUGACCGUAUGAGCCGAAUCAGUAAAACUUCGGAGCCGCCGAUUGAAGAGGACGAUGCAGUCGUUUUGGAGGAUUUUGCACAAACCGGCGGAGGGCCUCAAAUGAUAUUGAAACUUUCUGGGGGAAGAGAAGCUAUCAAAAAAACUCGAAUUCAAGAUAGAAUCGUUGUUGAUGAUGGAUUACGUCGAGGACUUUUGAAACGGAAGAUCGAAACGGCGUCAGGAGCAUCAGCAGGAGCAGCAACAUCAGAAGAACCAAAAUCCAAACAUGAUCGGAUAAUAUUCGAUAUAACACCAUCCCGGGACUCAACUCCGACUGAUGAUUCUCCGACGAUGCAAAAAUGGAAUGGACAAAUCGAAAUUGGCGAUGAUUCGGAAGAAUCUGAAGAUGAUGAGGAGGCUGAAAUUGAUGCAUUCGUAGCCGAAGCUCGCGGUAUCGCAAGACGGGAAAGCUUCCGUGAUGAGGAGGAUGAGCUUCCGCCGACGCAUCAGCUUUCUGGUGGACCGUAUGCCUAUCAUCAUUCUACGGCGGCUCCAACCUAUAUUCCGACUCCACUGAGUGUGCUCAGUGAGCAGCAGAAUCAGAUGGGUGGUGGUGCGGCGAAGGAAGAUCAUCAUGUCAAGGAGCGUUGUAUUUUCUGGCCGAAAUGUACAAAAGGCGACACGUGUGCUUUUAUGCAUCCUACGACUAACUGCAAAAACUUCCCAAAUUGCACUUUCGGUAUUCGCUGUCUCUUCAUUCAUCCCCCAUGUCGAUUCGAUCGAUUCUGCACAAAAAAGCACUGUCCAUUCACUCAUCACGGUACUGGAGGACAACAACCCGGAGGAGCCCAGCUGACUUCUGAAUUCAAGAAUCCACUCACUUCCAGCAGAAUGCUAACAGUUCCAUCUCCAUUUAUAGCAGCAACAGCAGCAGCAGUCGAAGAACUUCCAAAACCAGCGGCUCGCGGAGCUCUUGGAAGUUUGGCUGAGAAGCUGGCGGCUUCUAUUAAGAAAAAGCCUGCACCGGGGGCAGAAUCUGAGAAAAAGGAGGAGAAAAGCGAUGAAAAUGAGUCGAAAGCUGAAGAGCCAAAGGCUGAAGUAGCUCCAGUCCAACCUAAACCACUUCCAGAUUUCAGUAUUGCUCCACUCCAUUCCAUGGUCCUAUGCCGAUACGCAGGAGCAUGCAGAAAUCCAAUUUGUCACUUUAAACAUCCAAAGGAAUGCCGUUUCGGUGCCAACUGCCGCAAUCCGUCAUGCUAUUUCUACCAUAAGCCGGCCGGUGCUGCUCCGACUCCAGUUGCUGCUCCAAUCGCUGCUGAAUCCGCCGGAGCCGCCAAGUACAAAUGGACCUCCGCCACAGCUAACUAGUCCCCAGUUAUAUCUAUAUUUUUUUCAUUUAUCGUCGUUAUUUUUUCCUUUUUUUCUCUGUGAAAGCUCAUUUUAACGUGUGUAGCUUGUUCCCUCUCCCCAGGGGUUCCGCCGAAAGUUUUUUUUUUUUAAUUUUCGGAUUUUUUGAGCAAAACCGAAAAACCGAAUAUUGGAAAAUUGGAAAAACAAAAAAUUUUCGUUUUUGUCAAAACCGAAAAAAAAAACUGAAAACACUCCAAAAUCGAUAUUUAACACCAAAUUUUUUAAAAGAUGUUUCAGUUUUUUGAAAAAAAAAAGCAAAAAUUUUUCGGUUUUUCAACAAACCGGCAGACCUGCUUUCCAAGCCUAAACUCAAAUAUCUUGGAACACUACUCCUCCCCCUGUUUCCGGCCCAAAAAAUCUGUUUAUUUUUGUCUUUUAUGUCUCCCACACACUCCUUUAGGGUUCUCGGUGUAAAACUUGUUUCUCUUGUUUUUUUUCUCUCUCUCUGUCAUUAUUAUUAUUUUUCAAAAAUCCUCCACAAUCCACAAACUGAAUGAUGCCAAAAGUUUAGUUUUUUUUUUAAAUUCACAUAUAAAAAUAAGUUCUCCAAUGGACUUUUUGAAUGACAAGUUUUUUCUGCCGCCGAAA